AUGGUGGAACAACAAGUUUCAAGUUCUGUUCAGACAUACAAGGUUAGCUCUUUGGAUAGCAAGAAGUCUUUAAAGUCUAGUUUUCUUUCUUUCAUUGGAGCACAUGAGAUUUUCAUGCCAGAGAGCGAUUUAGAAACUGCUAUUUCCCAAGUAGUAGUAGUUGAUAGUGAUGACCAAUUUUCAAGGUCUUUUCAAAGUGUAGAGGAAACACAUUUGGUUCAUAAAAAGUCUGCAUGGUACAAAUUUCUUGUUUCUAUUGGUGCCCAUGAAAUUUUUUCAAUAGAGACAUGGAAAACAGCAUUGACUGAGUUAGUUGCAACUGCUUCUCUAAUGUUCACACUGACAACAUCAAUCAUAGCAUGUUUGGACUCGCACGAAGUUGCUGCAAAGCUUCUAGUCCCUCUUGCAGUGUUCAUCAUAGCCUUCUUGUUCCUAAUAGUCACAAUUCCACUCUCUGGAGGUCACAUGAGUCCUGUUUUCACAUUCAUAGCAGCAUUAAAGGGUGUUGUUACUCUAGUACGUGCACUAAUUUAUGUCGUAGCACAAUGCAUUGGUUCAAUUAUUGGUUUCAUUAUGCUAAAAUGUGUCAUGGAUCCAAAAUUGGAACACAAAUAUUCAUUAGGAGGAUGUACAAUUAGUAAUGAUAGUGAUAAAGGACUAGGAUCAAAGCCACAAGUUGCAUUGUUAGUAGAAUUUUCAUGCACAUUUUUGGUGCUAUUUAUUGGUAUUACUUUGGGAUUUGAUAAGAAAAGGUCAAAGGAAUUAGGAUUACCUAUGGUGUGUGUUGUGAUUGCUGGGGCAAUGGCAUUGGCAGUGUUUGUGUCUAUAACUGUUACUGGGCAAUUGGGCUACGCAGGUGUUGGACUUAACCCAGCAAGAUGUUUGGGUCCAGCUUUGUUAAAAGGUGGAUUAUUGUGGAAUGGACAUUGGGUUUUUUGGGUGGGGCCUUUCCUGGCCUGUAUAACGUAUUAUGGGGUAUCUAUUAAUCUGCCAAAGGAGAGUAUGACUUUGGAAAAUGGAGAAUAUGAUGUGUCGAAUUUGGCUUUGGGCCAUAGUAAGAGUGUUUCUAGGAGUGCUGUCUCAAAUGAUCUUCAAGUUUGA